AUGAAAAACGAGGGGAUACGAGUUUUAACUCUAAUACCAGAUCUCAGUCCUUGGUGGCUUCUGCAGUGAAGAUGGCAGUUAGUUGUCGCCCAGCGCUACAAAUGACUCUCCGCAGUCAGAGGGACAAGUCAAUGGACCAUUGUAGCCUGUGGGUUAUUGGUUUCUGUCAGUCUCCCCCUACACUCGAGCUGUACAAUGGUACGGACCUGGCUUUGUAGUUGUGAAUGUACCACCCUGCAGUUUUAUUUCCAUUGCGCCCGGCCGCUAGUAGGUUCCUAUUUCACAUCGCUAUGCUACCUCUCUUAGUGACUGCAUUUGUACCACAUUGCUUCUAAACUUUUGAAGGAGGCGGAUUUUUAAAGCAACAUGCCAGAGCCAAGCAACGAUUACAGGGUGGUUGUGUUCGGAGCUGCUGGAGUUGGAAAAAGUUCCCUAGUUCUGCGUUUUGUUCGAGGGACAUUUAGGGAAACGUAUAUUCCUACCAUUGAAGAUACUUACAGGCAAGUCAUCAGCUGUGAUAAAAACAUCUGCACAUUACAGAUCACAGACACUACAGGCAGCCACCAGUUUCCUGCUAUGCAAAGGCUAUCAAUAUCUAAGGGCCAUGCCUUCAUCUUGGUCUAUUCAGUGACAAGUAAACAGUCAAUGGAGGAACUUAAGACAAUAUAUGAGCAGAUCUGCCAAAUUAAGGGAGACACCCAGAAAAUUCCCAUUAUGUUAGUUGGUAACAAGAGUGAUGAAAUGCUGAGGGAGGUACAGGCCAGCGAGGGAGAAAGCUUGUCCAACAAGUGGAAGUGCUCUUUCAUGGAAACAUCUGCAAAGCUCAACUACAAUGUGCAGGAACUGUUUCAGGAACUUUUAAACUUAGAAAAGAGAAGAACUGUCAGCCUGCAAGUGGAUGGAAAGAAAUCCAAACAGAAGAAGAAGAAAGAUAAGAUGAAAGGCAAAUGCUUAAUAAUGUAAUUUGUGCCUUACCAGACCUUAUUUCCAAAACAAGGCAUCAGUACUCACACUAAAGGUACUGGCAAAAAAAUGUAAAACGACAAUAUACUUUUGAUACAAAAUAUCAGUAAAUAAAUGGCCAGUUUAUGCCAUUGUUGGUAAUUAGAACUGACUGCAUGCAUAUGCCUAUGUGGAUUCCUCCAAGAAAAAAUACAAGUGUUGGAGCCAGUGUUGUGCUAGUGGCUAAUAAUGUUUGCAUCGGACAGUAGAAUACAGGGCUGUGUUUUGUAAACUCAUUAUUUCCAAUAUCGCUGUGUAUCAUUAAUGUAUUAUAAUUUGUCUCAAGCUGGAUCUGCUUGUAUUCUUCUGUCAUUAGUGGUGAUGGAGUUGCACACCUGUUAAAUAUAAACAGCUCAAGUUUGUAAUGUUUGCAUGCUGGGAUUUGCUGGUGGUGCAGAUAUGACUACUGUAAAUGAAAUAGCUCCAGGUAAAUAUUGUGCUAGUAAAAAUGUUCUUUAGUCUUGCUUUUCUUAAUGCUCAGGCACACAUUUGUGGGCAUAUGCUGCUCUUUUGUUUUUUUUUUCUAGUAAACAAUGCUUGUUUCAA